AUAAGUUUUUCCAUAUAUAUUCAUAUCUUUAUCCUUUUUUGGUUAAUUAAAUAUCUCUAAGGCAAAAACAUUAUGGGUGUCACUACCUAUAACCAAGAGGUCACAACACUAGUUGCCCCAACUAGGUUAUUCAAAGCUUUGGUUCUUGAUUCUGAAAACCUUGUCCCAAAAUUGAUGCCACAAGUUGUUAAGAACAUUGAGAUUGUAGUGGGUGAUGGUGAUGCAGGAAGCAUCAAGAAGAUGAACUUUGUUGAAGGUUCUCCUAUCAAGUACUUGAAGCACAAGAUCCAUGUUAUUGAUGACAAGAACUUGGUAACCAAGUAUUCACUGAUCGAAGGAGAUGUUUUAGGUGAUAAACUGGAGUUCGUUACCUAUGAUAUCAAAUUCGAAGCUUCAGGAAAUGGAGGAUGUAUUUGCAAGACUUCAACUGAGUACCACACUAAGGGUGAUUAUGUGUUUAAAGAAGAAGAACACUAUGAGGGCAAAAAGCAAGCCAUGGAACUUUUCAAGACUGUUGAAGAUUACCUCCUCGCAAAUCCUUCCGUCUAUGUUUGAAUGAUAAAAUAGAAUCCAGUCCGCACGUGAGAGAUGACGACGUGUUGAGAUAUAAUAAAAUUAAAUAACUAUAAAUGUGUGCAAUUUAAAGUUUAAGCUUUAGAUGAUCAGUUGUACUCUAAGUGAUUAUGGAGUUGUAUCAAACUCUUCUAAGAGUUCCUAAGGGCUUGAAUUUUCAUUGUUAAAAUGUUUUG